AUGAAAGAGGUAAUAUCUUAUAAUGCAAAUGAACAAAUCGUACUAAUUGUUAAAAAAGGAAAAAUAACUGCCAAUGAAAUGAAAAUUCUCAAAGAUUUAUCUUCGAAAUUUUGCGGAAAACUAGAUUUAGGCUGGAUAGACCUUGAUUCAGAUCCAAAUGCAGAAACACUUAUCCCCACAAGCGGAAGGUUAUCAUCAAACUUAGUAUAUAUUGAUAAAACAAGAGGAAUAUCUUAUGUUAUGACAAAAGCAAUGAACCCGGCCAACGCAAUAAAAUUUGUAACUAAUAUCACAACAAAUUCAUUGCUGAAUGACCGCCAAACAGAUCCGAAAUGGCCACUAGUUUUUGCUGCAACUCUUGUUUUAAUAACAUUUCUCAUAAAUUGGAAAUGUCAUAGAUGUUGCCUAUGGAUGAUGGAUAAGGUUGAAAGAAGUGAAUUCGUUCAAUAUUGGUAA